AUGCACGUUCGGCUGCUGCUCUUCGCGAGCGCUCGCGAGGCGCUGGGGGUGCCUUCGAUGCUCUUGUUCCUCCGUCCCGCUGGACGAGAAGAGACGGAAAACCCCCGGCUGGAGGACGCGGCGAGCGAGGACGCACAUCGCGCAGGGAGUCGCGAGAGGCGCCUCGAGGGCCGCUCCCGCCCUCCGGAGAUCGACGCCGACGGGUGUGCUGCCCCCGCCCCGAGCGACCGCGCGGGGGCAUAUUCGGGCGCGCCUGCAGCCUGCACUGUCUCCGUGGCGGCGCUGCUGGCGCUCAUCGCCGAGCAAGCGCCGUCGCUCGCCACACUCCUGCCUUCCUGCGCCCUCGCGGUAGACCGCAGACUGCUCACGCAGAACGAAGAAGUUGAACUCACGCGCGACAGCGAACUCGCCCUCCUCCCCCCGGUCAGUGGCGGCUGA